AACAAAUAAAGAAAAAGAAGAAUGAUGAUGAUGCAAGCACAAUCCUUGUGGCCGCACAGAUUUUGCCACACAGGCUUAAACAACAAGAACAGAAGCAGAACAACAAUAGUUAACAACACCAAUAGCAAGAAGAGAAUUUCAAAAGCAGUGACAGUACGAGCAAUGCGUGCGGUGGUUCAGCGCGUGGCCUCUGCAUCCGUCGAAGUCGAUGGCCGUAUCGUAUCGGAGAUUGGCCCCGGUCUUCUCGUUCUCGUCGGAAUUCAUGAUUCCGAUUCCGAUGCCGACGCCGAUUACAUAUGUCGGAAGGUGUUGAACAUGAGGCUAUUCACAAAUGAAGAUACUGGCAAAGCGUGGGACCAUAGUGUUAUGCAAAAAAAUUAUCAAGUUUUACUUGUUAGUCAAUUUACGUUGUAUGGAUUCUUGAAGGGUAACAAGCCAGAUUUUCAUGUCGCAAUGGCACCUCAAAGAGCCAAACCCUUCUAUGCUUCUUUAGUGGACAGGUUUAGGAAUGCCUAUAAUUCUGAUGCACUCAAAGAUGGUGUAUUUGGAGCUAAGAUGAAGGUAAGUUUGGUUAAUGACGGACCGGUUACCAUGCAGCUUGAUUCACAGUCACCCAAAAAUACAAUUGACGCAGCUGAAUCAUGAUUGGAGGUUGAUCCGUCAUAAUGAGCAUGAAUUUGAAUUUUGAACCUUUUGUCAACAAGACCAAAUGUAAGGCAUUAUUUUUGUUAUAUUCUACCUGAAGCUCAUUCUUUCGGAUGUAGCAACUUUAUCAUUUCAUAACACUAUUCAGCUCAAUGAAUGAUUAUGUUCGGCCUUUUCCGUUUUGGGAGCUGCGAACAGUGCCGGUCCUUAUAAUUUGGGUGCCCUUGGUAAACCAGAGAAAAGGGUGCCUUUAUAAUUUUUUAAAUAUCAUCCUUAUUUGGAUCAACAGCACUGUCUAAUCUGGAUAGUUGUCUGAUACCCUGUCUGAUGGUCUAUUGAUCGUAUGCUGUGUUACACAGAUAGCCUGUUAACUCUCAGAAUAUUUAAUGUUCAACCAAGUUUGGAAUGAUGUUUUGGUUGUUCCUACUUUCCAUGGAAGGUUUUAUUGUACUUGUUUUAUUUGAAAUGCUUGAUCAUAGUCACAAUCACUGCUCUUUGUGGUCUCGUUGUGCGACUUAUAAAGAUUUAUAAUUAGUCAGAUAGAUGGAUAAAAAAUAAGAGAAAUUGUUGUAAUUGCAAUGCUAUAUAUACACUGCCCUUGUGUCAGAUUGCUCAUAUAUUGGAAAUGAAUUCUGAUUUUGUGAUAAAGAGUUCUCUCUUUAUCUCAUCUUCCUUCAA